GGUUUUAUGGAAGGCCAUGGAGUACAGAGCAGAGAAAGUUGCUUUUCUCAUGGUUGAAGAAGAUGGGACUGAACACAUACAUGUAUGCCCCGAAAGAUGACUGCAAACACAGAGCAUUCUGGAGGGAACUGUACUCAGUGGAAGAAGCAGAGAACAUGACCAAUUUGAUAGAGGCUGCUACAGAAAACAAUGUAGAGUUCAUAUAUGCCAUUUCUCCAGGGCUUGAUAUUACUUUUUCUAACUCAAAAGAUGUACAAUGUCUGAAAAGGAAGUUGGAACAGGUUGCCACCUUUGGCUGCACUGGUUUUGCCCUAUUGUUUGACGAUAUUGAUACAGAGCUGAGUGAAGCUGAUCGUAGUGUUUUCCAGUCCUUUGCUAGUGCUCAGGUCUCGGUCACCAAUGAAGUAUAUGAGCACCUUGGCCAACCACACUUCUACUUCUGCCCAACUGAAUACUGUACCUCGCGUGCUGUACCAGACAUGGUGAUGUCAGAAUACCUCAAUACCAUCGGUGUCAAACUUAUGCCAGGAAUUGAUAUUCUUUGGACAGGUGCUAAAGUGGUCACCAAAAAGAUCACAGUUAGCCAUCUUAUGGCUAUUUCCAAUGUGCUUCGAAGACCACCCAUUAUUUGGGACAACAUCCAUGCAAAUGACUAUGAUCCUAGGAGAAUAUUCCUGGGGCCCUAUGACGGUCGCUCUCCUGAGAUCAUACCCUACUUGCGAGGCGUCUUAACAAAUCCAAAUACAGAAUUUGAAGGAAACUAUAUUGCCCUUCAUACACUUGGACAAUGGAGCAAAUCAAACUGUGAUGGACUAAAGAAAGAUGUGAUUUCAGAUGGUGAGCGUCUGAGUCCAGUUGUAUCAGAUAUUAAAUUGGAAACAGAAAGUGAAUUUGAUUCAACUGAGGACUUGCCAGCCAGAUUGGACACCAGAUACCAGCCAAAAGUGGCUCUAAUGAUGGCUCUCAAAGAAUGGAUGCUGGAAUUGGACCACAAUCGUAUGCCUCCAGUUGCUGUUAGCCCGGCUAGUACCCCUGUUCCUCCACCUAACACUUGCAUACCUGUAGCAGGCCCACCGUCCAGUCCUGCUGGAAUUCCAGAUGCCUACUGCAGUCUACCAGGGUUAGAGGAAUCUGAGAACAAUCCCUCCUACAUGCAACCAACAAUGAACCCCGUAAACAGCCUUGUUAGCAGUUCUAGUAGUGCAAGUCCUGCAGCUGAAUCAGAUCAACCAUGUACUGUAGCAGACAUUCUUGGUGAACCAAUGGAUUGUGCUUUAAGUGAUACAUCAUCUGUUAACUCUGAUAAUCAUGAUAAUGCAUCUCUUGAUAAUCUAAUGCAAGUAGAAGUUGUUUCUGAAGACUUGCAAAACAAAAAUGGACAGUCAUCCUCAAAAAUCUGUGAUAAUUCAACCUACUAUGAGGAUCUCUCUCUUCUUGUGGAUCUGUUCUAUCUGCCAUUUGAGCAUGGUACACAGGGAGUACAGAUGCUGCAGAAUCUUCGAUGGGUCAAGUGCAAUGCACAUGUUGUCACUCAGGCACAGAAAAAACAACCAGAGGUUGCAGAAUGGAUGGAGAAGGCAGACACUUUCCUCGCAGAUGUUAAGAAAGUCCAAGCCAUGGCGAAGCGUCUGUAUGAGGUUCCAAAUGUUUCCCUAGCACACACAAUCUUCCCAUAUGUGUGGGACAUCCUUGGUGUUUUGGAAACUUGCGCUGCCUAUGUCGCAUGGCUUAAGAUUGGCAGUUGUACCUUAUCAAGCAGUGAAACCAAGGGAAACGACAAUCUUUCAUGGUGCUCAAACCUUUACAAGGAGGCUUUCUCUUGUGGUGAUUCUGAGCCCUGGGUCUUCCGAGGCGGUUUACAAGGAGAAUUUGAACGUUUGUUACCCACUAGAAGUGCAUGUGACCUAUACUACAUGCAACCUCCUGAGGUUAUCAUACGGAAUCAAUAUCACUACAGACCAUAUGUGUGUAGUGAUGAGAGUGCUGUUUACCAAAUUUGUUUACAAACCUGUGAUGAUGGUAUGGAUGGUACUGAAGUCUUUCCUGACAUGCCAGAACUGAUAGGAGACAGGAUAUUAGGUGCAAUGACGACACUGAGUCCAGAGAACUGUUUCGUGGUGGAAGACGAUGUUGGCGUGUGUGGAUAUGCUGUUACAACACUGAGUUCUCGGCAGCUUCAGGAGAGGGCCAAGAUAGCAUGGAUUCCUGCCAUGAAGGAAAAAUACCCACUAGUGCAGAAGGAUCAACCAAGUCCUGCUGAUGAGGUGAUAGCAAGUUUUCACAACGAACAGCGAUGUGUUCCGGAGACUGUACUACAAAAGUACCAGUCAGCAGUGCGAGUUGACUUUAUUCCGAGUAGAGUAGUCGACUAUUCAGUACCAAAACGACUUUUGGCAUGUGCACUUAAUGCUAUCAAGUCAAGUGGGUCGGAAGGUGUACACGUUGAAAUGAAUGUUGGAGAUAAAUGCAUGAUCGACCAUUACAGAAGGAUUGGAUUCUUUCCAAUAACGUUAACACCACAAGAUCCUGAAGAUGUUGUGUAUCUUGGACGCAUGAUCUGAGACGGUGUUCGUGCUUGGAUCUAUGUGUUGCAAAACACGUCCAAAACCUUAGGGCUAGCCUGCAAUGAUCUGUGAUGUAUUCUGACCAAGCACUUGCUGUUGAAAGCUGUGCAACUUUUAAUGAAUAUUCAUCAGUAUUUUAUCAUGUGACUAUAUCAAAGUCAAACAAUAAGGAAAGAUUUUUUAAGAAAUAUUUAUAUAUUAUUUAUAUGUAUUUAAACAAUUGCUGAUAAUGGGGUGAUUGUCAAAAUACGAAUAAUUUACCCUUGUAGUCAGUAAUUUUCUCGGUACCUCUCUUUGAAUGAAAGUCGUGCUCAAAGUUCCAGUUUACACAACUCUGUUGUCAAGUGUCGGUAUUUUGACACCUGCAAUGGUGUAAAUAAUGUGGAUGAUUUGAAAAGUAUCUGGCAUAAUUUGAGUUGAACUGAUAUGUAUCUUUGAUUUAAUUUCCUCUAUUGCCAUCCUGUCUUUCUUUGGUGUGAGAGUGUUUGGACUUAAUUUCUUGAGUCUCUAAAGAAAAGGAAAUGUUUUGUGUGGUGUUUAAGUAUUGUCAGUCUGGAAGAAAUUUCUUCAGAGGGUGUUGUGAGGUAUGUCUGUCAAAUAUGAAAACAUAUUUGCUGGUGCCUGCUGUAUUUGAUUGAAUUUGACGUGUUCUUUGCAAAUGUCACUACUUCUGCCAGGAGUGAAAGUUGUUUGAAAAUGAUGUUUUUGAGUUGAUAAUGGUUACUUGAAAUGUCCUUUAAAAGGUCCUGUGGCAUGUUGCAUAUGUAAAAGUCUGUUCCAGAUGUGAAUAUUUGAGGGGUGAGGGACAUAGUUCAUUACGGAAGAUGCAACUGAAAUUUGCUUCUAUAUCGAUGGGAUGGAUGAACGGAAUGUUAUCAAGUGAAAGAUGAAGGGUCAAAAAAGGAUGAACAUGUUACAGUGAGGAUAGAGCCAAAAAUUUGAAUGUCUUUAUUAAAGGCAGGAUUAGAAUAAUGAUCUUGAUGUGUGGGGAAUGGUCCUUCAUACGAUUAGUGUCUGAAAAUGUCCCUUACAAGAUGAAAGAUAAUAGAGCUCUAUUUUCUGAAACAAAUUUAUUUAUAUUUAAAACAGUCUUUGUCUGAUAACCUCAAAUUAUGUAUUACUUUAAUUGCAUAAAUCCCUUUUUGAGGCAAAGACAUUUUUUUUUUUUGAGAUCUUUCAAGUUCUUGAUGGAUAUUAGUAAAGUGUUUCAUUAUAAGUAAUGUUCUUCAACUUAGGAAGGUUUUAAAACACAGUUCAUUGGAUUGUUUAUACAGUUUUUUUUUGCCCAAGACUUGGUAGUGCUGAUUGAGAUUGUGGUUGUGAUUCUGGUUAACUUGUGUAACCGAUACAAGUUCAGCAGUUUAUGUGCGAUUGUGAAUACUCUUGUUCCAGAUACACAUUGUGUACAACUUAAUAAAUAUGUGGACAGAUUCAAUUAAAAGAGGAAAGAUGAA